UAAAAAGAAAACGUCGGCUUUUUGUCGGCAAACGACCUUUUCUCUUUCACUUACUUUCUUGCGUCUUAAAAAGCAGAAAAAAACAUCAACAUCUCCGGUCCAAAACAAAAAAAUAUAUGAAAAAAGAAACUUUGAUUACAACGAACACCAAAGCCAACUACCAUCAAAAGCAACCCCUAAUAAACAAACACAAAGAAGUAGUGAGCAAACGCUUUUAUAGCCCGAAAACAAGAAGCGCGCACAAGGGAAAGGAAACUUCUCCCUUCUUCUGUUAUCAUUCAUACACACUACUCCUUUUACAUUCUUUCUUUUUCUCCGUGUACUGAUCAAAAACCACAGAAUGUCGUUUUUUGUUGGAUUGAUUAUCGGUCUUGCUGUCGGUCUAGCAUUGAUUGUUGGUUUUGUCAAGUCUGAGAAUGCAAGAUCCAAGCUUCGGUCUGAGCUUGCAAUAGCUAUAGCUGCUUUUGCAAGAAUGACAGUGGAGGAUUCAAGAAAGAUCUUGCCAGCUGAGUACUACCCUUCUUGGGUUGUCUUCUCUCAGCGCCAGAAGUUGGAUUGGCUUAAUCAACAUCUUACAAAGAUCUGGCCUUAUGUUGACCAGGCAGCUUCUGGGCUGAUAAAGGAUUCAGUGGAACCUGUCCUUGAGCAAUAUAGACCGAUUAUAUUGUCAUCUCUCAAAUUUUCGAAGUUUACUCUUGGUACUGUUGCGCCCCAAUUUACAGGAGUUUCUAUCAUUGAAGAUGGAGGCAGUGGCAUCACCAUGGAGUUGGAAAUGAACUGGGAUGGGAAUCCAAGUAUAAUACUUGAUAUUAAGACUAGACUUGGCGUUUCUUUGCCUGUACAGGUAAAAGAUAUCGGAUUUACUGGGGUUUUCAGGUUGAUCUUUAAGCCACUAGUUGCUGAGUUUCCUUGCUUUGGAGCUGUUUGUUGUUCUUUGAGACAAAAGAAAAAAAUGGAUUUUAAACUUAAAGUUGUUGGUGGUGAUAUAUCUGCAAUUCCAGGACUUGAUGAUGCUAUUCAGGAGACAAUACAGAAUGCUGUUGAAGAUUCUAUUACCUGGCCUGUUCGGAAAGUUGUUCCAAUUUUGCCUGGGGAUUACAGUGACCUGGAGUUAAAGCCUGUGGGAAUAUUGGAGGUGAAGCUUGUGCAGGCAAAGGAUUUGACGAAUAAAGAUCUCAUUGGGAAAUCUGAUCCCUUCGCCAAGUUAUACAUACGCCCUUUACCUGAUAAAACGAAAACCACCAAAAUAAUUAACAAUGAUCUGAAUCCAAUAUGGAACGAACACUUUGAAUUUGUUGUUGAAGAUGCAACUACUCAACACUUGGUAGUAAAAAUUUAUGAUGAUGAGGGGAUACAGGCAGCUGAGCUCCUCGGGUGCGCCCAAGUAAAACUAAAUGAGCUUGAGCCUGGUAAAGUGAAGGAUUUGUGGUUGAAGCUGGUUAAGGAUUUGGAGGUCCAACGAGAUAAUAAAAACAGGGGGCAGGUGCACCUGGAACUUUUGUACCGUCCUUUUGGUAUGGAGAAUGGCCUUGGCAACUCUUUUGCCUCCAGCUUCUCAAUGACUUCUUUAGAGAAGGUACUUAAAAACGGCGCAAACAGUAUGGAAAUUACUGGAAAUGUAAAUGAAGUCACAAAGAAGAGAAGAGAGGUUAUCGUUAGAGGAGUUCUCUCUGUCACUGUCAUUUCUGCAGAAGAUCUGCCAGUGGUGGAUUUGAUGGGUAAGGCUGACCCCUUUGUUACACUAACAAUGAAGAAAUCGGAGAUGAGAAACAAAACCAGGGUUGUGAACAACAACUUGAAUCCUGUUUGGAAUCAAACUUUUGACUUUGUUGUUGAGGAUGGACUACAUGAUAUGCUUAUUGUCGAAGUUUGGGAUCAUGACACAUUUGGGAAGGAUUAUAUGGGGAGAUGCAUCCUGACUUUGACCAGGGUUAUAUUGGAAGGCGAAUACAAAGAUUGCUUCCAACUUGACGAGGCUAAAUCCGGAAGAUUAAAUUUGCACCUCAAGUGGUCGCCACAGCAUAUUUAUCGCGAUUCUUGAGUGAACCUGUCGAGUAGCAGACCCCAGACGGCGAACCUUUUGAAAGAGGCUUUUUCUUCUACCCACCCCAUAGAUGCAUACAGAGAACAUUACUGUCAUUCUUGCGUACAAGUUAAUAAAUCUCGUGCCAUGUAUAUGCGAGGAAACACCUUUAGUGUAAAUAACUUUUUGCUGUGGUCUAAAGGAAAAGGGAUUGAAGAAGUAUACCAAACAGGUAGAUUGGUCGAGAGGACAGUAGGAAGUGCUGUACCAUGAGAUUGUAUGAUUGUCACAGGACAAGCCACGAGUUGAAUGUUCCUUGGGAAUGAUGCUAAUUCCCAUGAUUGAAGUUA